CUCUUUUUUCCCUAAUGAACCCUUUUCUUAGUUUUUCCCCAUCGAAAAGAGAAAUGAGGUUUUGAUCAUCCCCGAUCUCUUCUCCGUUAACUUGUUACGAACCCUAGAAAAAAUCAAAAGCAAAGCCUCCAGAAUUUAUCGAUACGAUUGCAGAAGAAUUAAGAAAACACUAGAUAGAGAUAAAAAUGGUGGAUUCAAGACAAAGUGGUGGUCAGAAUGAUGAAGAUUAUAACACCAAUACCAAACUUUAUAAUCCAUACAAAGACUUACAACUACCAAUGCAACAGCUUUAUAAGUUACCCACUUCACCUGAAUUUCUCUUUCAAGAAGAAUCUGUAGCUCUUCGUAGAUCUUGGGGUGAAAAUUUGACAUAUUAUACUGGUUCUGGUUAUCUUUCUGGAGCUAUCUUUGGUGCUGGAAAAGGUUUUAUUGAAGGUGUUAAAGCUUCUGAACAAGGUGAUACUUUGAAGCUUAAAAUUAAUCGAAUCUUAAAUGCAUCUGGUCACUCUGGUCGGAAAAUUGGAAAUCGAAUUGGUGUGAUAGGAUUAAUGUAUGCAGGAAUUGAAAGUGGAAUAGUAGAACUUAGAGAUACAGAUGAUGUGAUUAAUAGUGUUUUGGCUGGGCUUGGAACUGGAGCUUUAUUUAAAGCUGCCAAGGGUGUGAGGUCUGCUGCAGUUGGCGGUGCAAUUGGAGGAUUAGUCGUGGGAGCUGCAGUUGCUGGAAAACAAGUGGUCAAGAGAUAUAUUCCAAUAUAGGGUUUGUUAUUCUUCUCCUUACUGGUUUAUGGUAGGUGUUUUUUUGUUAAAUUGGUCUUCAAUGAAAACAAUAAUAUAUUUUUUCCCCUUGUAAUUGAGGAAUGGUUAAUAUGCUGAAUAAUCUAUAUUGGGGAUGAACAUUGUAUGAUCCGUUUUUCGUUGAGAGCCAUAAUUUUGGCAUAAUAUGAGUGAUACAACUACAUGUAAUUCUUUCACUUCUCCAUUUAUUUAUGAAAUCCCGAUUACAAAUUUUUUAUUCAA